AUGGCUGUGUCAUUGCAAUUAUGGGGAUGUUGCUCUAAUGAAUCAAUUGAAGAAGUUGAACAGUUCAUUAAUUGUACGCACUGUAAUAAAUCUUACCAUUUUUUAUGUUUAUCCAUUCCUGAAAUCGCUAGGAACUCUGAGGCUUAUGACAAAUGGAAAUGUCCGGCAUGUAUAAAUUCAGCACCAAAGACCUCAAAAAAGGACUGCACACCUAUUCGUACUAUUCCUACGACCAGAGGAAAUAAAAGACCGGCAUUAAACUCUCCUCCAAAAGCAAGUCCUGUUACAAGUGAAAACGUUCGUACAAUUGUCCAAGAGGUUAUUAAGAAAGAGUUCAACGAUAUGCUAAAACAACUAAAUAAUAGUAUGAUCGGUGUUAUCACUAAGGAGCUGGAACCUAUAAAAAACGAAAUGAGGGACCUUAAAGAAUCUAUGUCCUUUAUUAAUAAAAAAUUUGAGGAAAUCGAGUCGGAACAGCUUGGAGCUAAAAAUCUUUUAAAACACUGCAAGAUAUAA